AUGGCAUCCAGAGAAGAGGGAGUACCAGCUCCAGACAUGGCCUCUAUUUUGAAGGCCACGUCUACUGUGAAGGCGAGGCCGCUGAAGCCUGGGUCCAGCGGGGCAAAGGAAGUCCGAGGCAGGGUUGAGCGCCUGUCCAAGGACUGUACUCCCAGGGCUUCGAAGGAGGCAACUCCUCAGAGGUCAGAGAAGCCGAAGGAGCCUCGGGGUAAGGAGAAAGUCCCUAAGGAGACUAAGAAGAGAAAGCUGGUGCACAUCUCGAGUUCAGCUGGAAAGUUUGGGACCUCAGUGUCCCAUAGGGCUGAACAGACUAGCGAACCGAAGCUUCUUACUGCAGCCUCCAAAGCCAUCAAAAUGGAGAUGGUUAGAGAGGUAGAGGCUGAAGAGGCUAGAGCUGAGGCCGCAAGGCGAGCUGCAGAAGCUGCCGAGAAGGAGGCACUAAAGGAGAAGCCGGUGCGGGAAAAGGAGAAGUCUCCGAGCUUCCUAGCCGGGAGGGAGGAGGCACUGGCCCCAGCCUUGGUGGAGGCUCUCCCUGAAGAAAUCAGAAGUGCCAUCGAGAGCUUUUACAAGUUCUGGACGGAGAGGGCAUUGGUGAGCCAGAGCGUCCGGACCUUUGGCCUCGUGCUCGAAUGCAAGGAGGCCUUGAGCGAAUUUCAGAUAAGGACCCAGGCCUCGGAGGGGAAGAAUGCCUCCCUCGCAGAGGAGGUGAAAGCUGCUAAGGCCGAGGCCGAAGAAGCCAAGGCCCAGAGAGUUGAAGAGGCGACGAAGCUUGAGUCUGCUCUGGCCCAGAUUGAGGCCUUAAAGAAGGAAGUGUAUGAGUCACAGUACGAGGUGGCCUCCUUGACGAAGAAGGUGGAGGUCUCCAAUGAGCACCAAAAGGUGACUGCUGAGGCUCUUGAGAAGACGAAUCUCUCCUUGGCCGGUGCUCAAGAUGCUUAUCAGUUUCUCGAAGGCCAGGCGAAGUGGUACAUGAACGACGCCUCUGUUGUAAGAGAUGAGGCCCGAACUGCAAGGGAGGAGGUAGUGAAGGAAUACAUCGCCAAUUUCCACACUACAGAGGAGUACAAGAGCUUUAGUUCGUACUGGAGGAACUUCGCCUAUGCCGAAGUGCUGGAGCGGGCAGAGGAGCUGUAUCCCAAUUUGGACCUGGCUCAACUUAGGUCCGAAUUUGUGGAUGAGGUACCUCAGACCCCAGCUGAGGAGGUCCAGGGUGAUGAAGAAGUUGAUGCCGAAGCCCCAAGUGUUGAGACAGAGGAAGCAACUAAUGAUGCCCAAGUUGCCGAAGCCCCAAGUGCUGAGGUGCCUCCGUCAUCUAGCCAGGCAUAG